AUGUGCCCCAUCCCCCAUGUGCCCCUUCCCCCAUGUGCCCCAUCCCCCAUGUGCCCCUUCCCCCAUGUGCCCCAUCCCCCAUGUGCCCCAUCCCCCAUGUGCCCCUUCCCCCAUGUGCCCCAUCCCCCAUGUGCCCCUUCCCCCAUGUGCCCCAUCCCCCAUGUGCCCCUUCCCCCAUGUGCCCCUUCCCCCAUGUGCCCCAUCCCCCAUGUGCCCCUUCCCCCAUGUGCCCCAUCCCCCAUGUGCCCCAUCCCCCAUGUGCCCCAUCCCCCAUGUGCCCCUUCCCCCAUGUGCCCCAUCCCCCAUGUGCCCCUUCCCCCAUGUGCCCCAUCCCCCAUGUGCCCCAUCCCCCAUGUGCCCCUUCCCCCAUGUGCCCCUUCCCCCAUGUGCCCCUUCCCCCAUGUGCCCCAUCCCCCAUGUGCCCCUUCCCCCAUGUGCCCCUUCCCCCAUGUGCCCCAUCCCCCAUGUGCCCCUUCCCCCAUGUGCCCCUUCCCCCAUGUGCCCCUUCCCCCAUGUGCCCCUUCCCCCAUGUGCCCCUUCCUCCAUCUGUUGCGUGUGUGCUGUGUGUGGGCAGUGGAGGUGGCGUACAGGGCGAAUGUGGGGAAGGCGGCAUCUGCCAUGGCGUGGAACCCUUACAGCCGGCGAUGGGAGCAGGUGAGUCACGAAGAUGGGGGGGGGGAGAGGGCUGUAACAGGAGGGAGAGAGGAGAGACGCCAUGACAGGAGGGGAAUGGCAGGAGCAGAAUGGCACGAGGGUGGGGAGCAUGAGGAGCAGCAGGAGGCGAGAGAGGGGAUUGGGGGGAUAGGGGGAGGAUGGGGGGAGGAUGGGGGGAGGAUGGGGGGAGGGAAGGAGAAGUCUGAUCUGGUCCGCUCUCCUUCUGUCCCCAUCGGCCACUCUCCUGCUCGUGUCCGCUCCCUCUGUCUUCCACCCUCUCUCCCCUGCACGUCUCGUCCCUCCACCCUCUUUUCCCUCCACCCUCUUUUCCCUCCACCCUCUUUUCCCUCCACCCUCUUUUCCCUCCACCCUCUUUUCGCUCCACCCUCUUUUCCCUCACCCCUCUCCCUUCCACACUCUCUCCCCUCCACCCUCUUUUCCUUCCACCCUCUCUUCCCUCCACCUUCUCUCUCCUUCCCUCACUCGUCUACCACCUGCAUAAAACACCACUUCGCCAUGCUCUUCUCUCCUUGCUCUCAACCGUGCACAUCUUUCUCACAGCGUCCUCCCACUCCGCCUCCAUCGCCUUCUCCCCACCAAUCCCACCACACAGUGUGGCAGACCACCUCUUGGUUCCCUCCCUUCAAGAUUCUAUUUUACCUCUUUCCGUCUCCCUUUCUAACCCCCUCUCCCCACCACUUCCCCCCUCCCUCCCCCUCUCCCCCCUCCCCCUCUCCCCCCUUCCUCUCCCCUCCCUCCCACCAGCACCGCCACACCGUAUGGCAGGCCACCCCCUGGCUCUCUCACCCCUUCUUCCCUGCUCACCCCUUCUUCCCCCACUCCUCUCCCAUCACCUUCCUCCCACCAGCAUCGCCACACCGCCUGGCAGGCCACCCUUUGGCUCUCUCGCCCUUAUACAUGGAAGGCCACCCCGUGGCUCUCCCGCCCACUGCAAGCUCCCUCCACCGACCCCCUCAUACAGCUCUACGCUGCCACCAGUCUGGCGCAACUGCUGGCAGGCGGCGCAAUCAACCACCACCAUCUCUCAACAAUCCCCUUCUUGUCUUCCCUUCCCCUUUUUACCCUCACGAUUCCUCCGCUUCUUUGCUCAGCCUCCCUCGCUCCCUGGCGCAAGUGCUAGCUGGCGAUGCAAUCAAGCAUGCGACCCCGCUGACCGAUCGCAUGCUGACACCUGGCAGACAGCUGGAGCUCUUCACCGUCUCCAGGUGA